AUGCCGUCCUACUAUUAUCAUUUGAAAUUCGAACUGUAUCCGACCUCCGAUCCCAAUACCAGCGGAGGCUUUGGCGCGGACGACCGUGUUUGGAUCCCCUCGCAGAGUUCUAGUGUCUUUGAAGACCUACCCGCCCACCCGCGAAAAAGGGAGCUACCAUCGCGGCCCCGGAGAAGAGCAUCCGACUACCCCGACGAAACCUCGCGCUCCUCUACGAACGGCCAGCCUCAGCGUACUCCUCCGGUCACGGGUGUUAUAGACUGUGGUGCACUAAGGGCGACCGCGCACGGCGACAACGACGACCGCAACAUCGCCUUCCUCAGCGAGAGGCAGUGGCGGGCCCGGUCUAAGAGUAUACCCGCUCCCGGAUUUGCCGCUGGCAUAGGACCGCGCACGGCCGGACGGGACUGGCGCUUCGGGCCGCUGAGCAUCGAGAGCUUCGACCUGGAUAAGUGGCAAGGGAAGGAGGGAGGUGAGCCCAUGGGCUCGAUGGAGGGAGAGGCACACGCCGCGCCAGCGGCCUCGUUGGGACCCAACCUCGGAGGCCCUGGGCAAGCCACGAAGGGAAGCUAUAUACCACUGGAGACGAAGAACACGGAAAUUGGCUGGGGCAUCGUACACCUCUACCGCGAGACCGAUGAGCCCUACGCCCUCGAUGCGGCGUCGCAGCCGAGAGGCUCUGGGGAGGGUGGGGAUGACGUGGGCGGAGAUGGAGCAACUACCGAGGACGACGACUGCACUAUGCUUUGUAUUCCAUCUGUGCCGAGUUAUUUGUCACCCAGCGAUUUCCUCGGCUUCGUAGGUGAGAAAUGGAGAGGAGAUGUCAGCCACUACAGGAUGGUCAUGACGAGCAGGAUGAACCGGUACAUGGUCCUCAUGAAGUUCCGGGAUAAUGCCCGCGCAAAGGAAUGGCGGAAGGAGUUCGAUGGGAAGGUUUUCAACAGCAUGGAAGCCGAGAUCUGCCACGUCACGUUUAUCAAGUCGAUUACUGUCGAGACGCCGAGCCUGCAAAAGAACAACAAUCCAGAGAGCAAGGCCGACCGGUUCGGGUCAGCCUCCUCCUCUGCGGUCGUCAACUCCCUCAAGCCCUUUCCGCCGCCCACUCCGAACCUCAUCGAACUCCCUACCUGUACCGUGUGCCUCGAGCGGAUGGACGAUACUACAGGCCUGAUGACCAUCCUAUGCCAGCACGUCUUCCACUGUACCUGCCUACAGACUUGGAAGGGGUCGGGCUGCCCUGUCUGUCGCGCCACCAACCCAUCGUUGACAGCGGCAGAGUCGGGCUCAAGUCAGAAUAUAUACGACCCGGACAACCCCUACAUGCAGCCUUUCGGAUCCGGCGUGUCUAAUCUUUGCAGUGUCUGCGAUUGCACAUCGGACUUGUGGAUCUGCCUCAUAUGUGGCUACGUCGGCUGCGGCCGGUACAAGGGCGGGCAUGCCAAGGAUCACUGGAAGGAGACGGCACAUAGUUUCAGCCUGGAGCUCGAGACACAGCACGUCUGGGACUACGCCGGCGACAUGUGGGUGCACCGGCUAAUCCGGGACAAGGGCGACGGGAAAGUGGUGGAGCUGCCGAGCAACAACACGCGCCGACGACCACGGUCGGGACACGGGUCGGACGACGGGGGUUAUACCGGUGACGAGGACGUCGUGCCCCGAGCGAAGCUGGACCGCAUCGGCAUGGAAUACACGCACCUCCUGACGAGCCAGCUGGAGAGCCAGCGGGUCUACUUUGAGGAGAUGGUCAACAAGGCCGCCGACAAGGCCGCUAAGGCCGUGACCGUGGCGGAGACGGCCUCGGCGCAGGCCCAGGAGGCGAUGAAGGAGUUGUCGGCGCUGAGGGCCGAGCACAGGGCGCUGAGGGAGGAGGCGAUCCCGUCGCUGGAGCGGGAGCUCGGGCGCGAGCGCACCAAGGCCGGCAAGUCGACGGAGCUGGCGCGCAGCCUGGGGAAGGCGCUCCAGGAGGAGAAGAAGGUGGGCGAGGGCCUCAUGGAGCGCAUCGGCCACGUCAACCGGGAGCUCGAGGCGGCGAGGAAGAGGAUGGACGAGCUGCAGGCGGAGAACGAGGACCUGAAGGAUACGAAUCGUGACCUGAGCAUGUUCAUCAGCGGGCAGGAGAAGCUGAAGGAGCUUGAGAACGAGGGGAAGGUCGAGCAGGGCGAGCUAGAGGACGGCAAGGUCAGCUUGCCCGAGGAGAAGAAGAAGGGUAAGGGUAAGGGAAAGGCGAAACGGUGA